GGGGUGGGGCGGGACGGGAGGUGCGGGAGCUGCAGUUCGGAGCAGUGCGGAGCCCGGGGGUGCUGGUCCUGGGCUGGUGGCGGCUGAGGUGAAGCGGCUGCGGGUGGCGAUGCUGCGGCGGAAGCCGACGCGGCUGGAGCUGAAGCUGGACGACAUCGAGGAGUUCGAGAGCAUCCGGAAGGAGCUGGAGAGCCGCAAGAAGCAUCGGGAGGAGGCGGAGGUGACGGCGGCCGGCGAGGAGGCGGCGGCGGCGGCCAUCGGGCUGGGUGCCGAGCACAAGAGCCGGGAGCAGAUCAUCAACGACCGCAUCGGCUACAAACCACAGCCCAAGGCCGGCGGCCGCGCCGCUCACUUCGGCACCUUCGAGUUCUAGCGGCGGCGGAGGCCCCGAGGACCGGCUGAGCAGGGACUGAACCCCCCGGCUGACCGGGGACCGAACCCCCCCCCUGGUUGACCGGGGACCGAACCUCCCUCCCCGGCUGACCGGGGACCGAACCCCCCUCGGCUGACCGGGGCUCGGGUCUGGGUGCCGGCAGGAUGUGCCUUCCCUGCCUCGUUUUUUGAUGUUUUGUUUUGUUCAUGAUACUGUUUUAAGUUUGGUUAACACACCUGGGAAUGCCUCUUGGCCAAGUGUUUUGAUUUAAAUAAAUGU